UGCCAUUCUAAAAUUCGAUAUUGAUACACGUCGGUUUUUCGGUUUUUUUCAAUCAAAUUUUUUCUUUGAAACAAAAAAGUUUAAAAAUUUUCUUUGUCAAAAAUGAUGAUAUUACCAUUCAUUUCAUUUUUUGUAAUCUGUUUCAUUCGAUCAUCAUUGGCAAAUGAUUCAGUAUUAGUUUUAUUGGAUCAUUUAUCCAUUAAAGAAACACAUUCCAUUUUCUUUAAAUCAUUACAAGAUAGAGGAUUUGAACUUACAUUUCGUUUGGCUGAUGAUGCAACAUUAUCGUUGAAUAAAUAUGGUACACCAUUAUAUCAACAUUUGAUUCUAUUUUCACCAUCGGCUGAAGAAUUUGGUGGCAAUAUCAACACACAGGCAAUUACCGAAUUUAUUGAUAAUGGUGGUAAUAUAUUGGUGGCUGUAAAUGAAAAUGUUGGUGAUGCUAUACGUGAAUUAGCUGUCGAAUGUGGUGUUGAAAUUGAUGAAGAAGGUGCACAAAUUAUUGAUCAUUUUAAUUAUGAUAUUAAUGAUGAUGGUAUGCAUACAUUGGUCGUUGUUGAUAAGGAAAAUUUAAUCGAUGCCCAGACUAUUGUUGGUAAUCGAUCCAAAAUUAAUCCAAUAUUAUUUCGUGGUAUCGGUAUGAUUUCUGAUCCAAAAAAUACAUUAGUUCUUGAUGUAUUGAAAGGUUCAUCCACUUGUUAUUCACAUAAUCCAUUGAAAGAUAUUACCGAGUAUCCACAUGUUGUUGGCAAAAAUACUUUAUUAAUAUCAGCAUUACAAGCACGUAAUAAUGCACGUGUUAUAUUUGUUGGUUCAUUAGAUUUUUUUAGUGAUAAUUUUUUUCAAUCAUCAAUCAAAAUAAUAAAUGGUCAACAAUAUGAUAAAUCUGGUAAUGAACAAUUAGCUAAAUCAUUAUCUGGUUGGGUAUUUAAACAACAAGGUGUAUUACGUAUUGAUUCAGUUCGUCAUUUUAAAACUGAUCAACCAAAUGAAAAUCAAUCAUAUACAAUAAUGGAUGAUGUUGAAUAUUGGGCAAUGAUUGAAAUUUAUGAAAAUGGUCAAUGGUUACCAUAUAAUGCUGAUGAUAUUCAAUUAGAAUUUGUUCGUAUUGAUCCAUUUAUUCGUCAAACAUUGACAAAAGAAAACAAUGAAUAUGUUGCCCGUUUUCGUAUACCAGAUGUAUAUGGUGUUUAUAAAUUUAUUAUCGAUUAUAAACGUAUUGGUUAUACAAAUCUUUAUUCAUCAACACAGGUAUCAGUUCGUCCAUUACAACAUACACAAUAUGAACGUUUUAUAAUAUCAGCAUAUCCAUAUUAUUUUAGUACAUUUUCAAUGAUGUUUGGUGUAUUUAUAUUUAGUUUUGUAUUUCUUUAUUUUCGUGAACAAACAACCAAAACUAAAUCAGAAUAAAACAACAACAACAACAAAUACAAAC